GCAGAAAGAAGCUGCGAUGAUCGUGCUGCGGUUUGAGAGCAGCAGUUCUGAGUAUAACAGCAGUUCGUACUCGAGCAGCAGUUGCGGUCAGUUGAGCUUGGUGAGCAAGAGGUGAACACCGGCAACGGAACCAAGCAAGAGCUAAAGCACAUGAGGUCAUCGACGUUAUUACAGAUUAGGUUUUCGAGCAUACGACAUUGCAUUUCGCGAGGUGAAUCCAGGAAUCAGAAGCAUGACUUCGCAGCAGGAAAGGUCUGAGCUGGACGAGAGGGCCAGGCGAGGAGAGACUGUGAUCCCCGGCGGGACUGGCGGCAAAAGCCUUGAAGCUCAGGAACACCUUGCUGAAGGGAGGAGCAAAGGAGGGCAGACGAGGAAGGAGCAGAUAGGGCAGGAAGGGUACCAGGAAAUGGGCCGCAAGGGAGGGCUGAGCACUGGGGACGAGUCCGGCGGAGAACGCGCCGCUCGGGAUCGAGGGUAUUCCGAUUGACGAGUCCAAGUACAAGACCAAGCAAGGACUAGGAGGGUUUUAAACUUUUAAUGCAGCUUAUGCAUAUAGUAAGUUGUGCAUGUAUUUAAUCAGUAUCGGAUAGUACUCUAGGGUUUUGGGAAGUUGGAAUAAUGGAAUGUAUAAACUGGUCCUGUGAUAGCUAUUGCUGUGAAUCCUGUCAUUGCACGGUACUUAGUUUCUUG